UCGGUAUUGGUGCACUCAUGGUACGUACGCAGUUUUCUGUAUGUAUAAUGCUGCCACUGGACUGCUACAGGUGCACUGCAUCUCAGCGCCAGUCUUUCGACAAGAGGCAGCAUCUCUACUUGAAGAGAGCGCUCAUCCCCCGAACAGAGAUGAGUUGGACCAUGGGAAGCAUGGCCCUGACCUGCCUACUGCUGCUGAAGAUGCUAAAGGUGGAGAUGGUCGGUGGGAAAGUCCUGGAGGAGACCUACAUGAGGUGGAUCCACUACAAAGAUGAAUGUGUGAAGAUGAUUGACUAUGAGCCAUUUCCUCAAGGUUUGUUCUGUAACAGGACGUUUGACCGCUAUGCCUGCUGGCCUGAUGGUCUUCCAGGGUCGGUGGUCAAUGUGUCCUGUCCCUCCUACCUGCCCUGGUUUGACAAAGUGUCUCAGGGUGUGGUGCGUCGGCGGUGUGGCUCUGAUGGCCACUGGGUGGAGGAGGAGGACGGGGAAGUCUGGAGGGACAUGUCUCAGUGUGAAGAGGAACAGGAAAUCACAUCUCAGGAGCUGUGGUUCAAGCAGUUGAUGGUGAGCUUCAGGAUGCUUUACACGGUUGGCUACACCCUGUCCCUCUUCACCCUGGUCUCAGCGCUCAUUAUUCUACUGAGUAUCAGGAAGCUUCACUGCACCCGCAACUACAUCCACGCAAACCUGUUUGUGUCUUUCAUCCUGCGAGCCGUGUCGGUGAUCGUCAAGGACACCAUGCUGGAGCGUCACUGGGGCCGGGAGAUCAUGAGACAGGCCGACCUGGGAGAAAUGCUGAGUCACGAGGCUGCCAUUGGCUGCAGGAUGGCCCAGGUGGUGAUGCAGUAUUGUGUUCUAGCCAAUCACUACUGGUUCUUUGGAGAGGCCAUAUACCUGUAUUCGGUGCUCAUCGCCUCCGUAUUAAUUGAGAACAACAAGUACUUGCCUUAUAUCUGCCUCGGCUGGGGAACCCCUCUUUUAUUUGUCCUUCCUUGGAUGUUGGCCAAGCUAUUGAGAGAAAACAAAGAGUGCUGGGCUGUCAAUGAAAAUAUGAGCUACUGGUGGAUAAUACGGUUUCCCAUUCUGUUUGCGUCACUGAUCAACUUAUUGAUUUUCAUGAAGAUUUUGAAGGUGAUUCUAUCCAAACUACGUGCCAACAAUCAGAAUGGCUAUCCUGACUACAAGCUUCGCUUGGCCAAGGCGACCUUGACCCUCAUCCCUCUAUUUGGCAUCCAUGAGGUCAUCUUCAUCUUUGCCACUGAUGAGCAGACCACUGGCAUCCUGCGCUACAUCAAGGUCUUCUUCACGCUCUUCCUCAACUCAUUUCAGGGAUUUCUGGUGGCUGUGCUGUACUGCUACUGUAACAAAGAGGUGAAGACAGAGCUUGCGAAGAAACUGCGAAGCUGUAGGAUGGAGGUGGAGGUGGUGUGCUGUGGACAGUGACUAACCGAGACAAGAGUAGAACCAUUCUCCAUCGCCACAGUUCCAGAGAACAGUGGAGCUUCUACACCACCACCAACAGGAGUCCAACCUGAUAGUCCUCCAUCUCCGCAGGCUCAAAGUUCAAGACAGCAUGCUCGGAACACCUCCAUGACACCUGAGUCUCUCGCUCAACUGCAUUGUCGUACCACAAAGGCAACCCUGGAGAAGAGUACAGACUGCACACACCUAACUCCUAAUGAGACCACGGGGUCUAGUCCAUCUAUGCAGGUGUCAUUCCUCAUUCACUUAAACGACCCGGUUGAGUUACCUCCACAUGUUGUAAAUAUUUAUUCAGAUUAAAGGCCCAAAUGCAGCCAUUUUUGAUCUAAUAUGAAAUAAUUUCUGGGUAACAAUUAAGUACCGUAGUGUAAUAGUUUGAAAUUAAAAUGUAAAACAAAAUGACAAAAAUAAUUGUUUCGCAAGCAAGAAGUUUCAGAGGUGGUCUAAGUAAGGGGUCUAAUUGGGGGUGCCUAAUGUAACUUGAAAACUAGCUGUUGGCAGAGAGGUUUGACACUUUUUUUGUUAUUGGUCUAUCAAUUUAUACUGCCUGGGGAUGUCAUCAUGCAAGACAACUCCGCCCAUGCAAAACCUGCAGAUUAGAAGGUCCCGUGUAAAUUGUAUUUUCAACUGGCAACUAUCAGAAAGUUACACUGAUCACAUUUUUCCCACUUUUACAGUGUUAUUUUCAGCUGUUGUACAAUAUGAUACAAAACACAGGGAAAACUGAAAUUUGACUGCACUGGGCCUUUAAGU